AUGUCCUCCUUGUUGCUUCUUUCUGCAAUCGUGGAAGGCGUUGCUUCAUUCGUCCUUCCCAUCAUCAAUGCUUUUGGAACACCGAGGCACGUGGAGCACAAGUUUUACUUUGAGGUAUUUAAAAUAACACAAUUUACGCUCUCGAUUAUGGCAUUGGCGUAUCUACAGAUGCUGGUGAACCUCUACACUCGAAAAUUGCACAAACAUAAACGAAAUUACGUAGAGUGCACUGACGACGAAGGAAGAGAUGACAAUUAUAACCAGGACGCCAAUUUCGUCGAAGCUGACGACUUCCCGAAAUCCUUAAGAAAAAGUAAGGAAAAUGGCAUCAAAUUCAUUGAAGAGGGAAAUUUUUCCAGUCCAUCAACUCUAAGUGAUGAGCAAAAUCAACGCGACGAAGUUCACGAGGAGGCGGAAGAAUUGGCAGAACUUGAACAAAUCAGUCUUCCAGACUCACUUUCAACUAAUCACAUUAGCGGCCCACGACCGCGAUUAGUCGUAAUUAAGGUAAUUUCCUUCUGCUGCCUUUUUAACGCUGUUCGUCACUGUCAAUCGCAAAUUCCUUUGCUUCGUUUUGUCAACCCUGAAUUUUAA